UAUAGGUUAAGGCCAAUAGCGCCUGUACAUAUUUAUGUUUAAAAAAAUGUUCUCUUUGCAAUGCGUAUUAAUUAAAACUGUAGUACCGAAUGUAACGAAAAGACUGAUAUGCGUUUCGCUACCCAAACAGUUGUCAUCACAGACAACGCCAGAAAAUACCGAUAGUAAAACCUCAGGAUAUGCACAAGCCUUUAAAAAGUUUGAAACUAUUAAUGAGGAGGCUCAAACGAAACCGGAAUCGUUCGUGACGUUGCUGAGAAAAUCCAAAUUUAUGGACCUGGGAGACCCAUCAGGAAAAGUGGUCACAGGAAAAAUAUUCCACGUGGUGGACGACGAUCUAUAUAUAGAUUUUGGAUGGAAAUUCCAUUGUGUUUGCCCUAGGCCCAAAAUGAAUGGCAGCAGUUACGUGAGGGGUGCCAAUGUUCGCAUUCGUAUAAAAGAGCUGGAAAUGUCCUCAAAAUUUCUGGGUUUUGAAAAGGAUUUAACUUUAUUGGAGGCAGAUUGUACACUCUUAGGUCUCACAAAGGGAAGGAAAGGAAGAAGCUUGGAGAAAAAAUAGGAAAUAAAACACUUU